AUGCCUGCCCCAGCCUGCUGGACCUGCCGCUUACGGCGCAAGAAGUGUGACAGGGCUCGGCCCGUCUGCAGAGGCUGUGGCGACCUCUCAAUCGACUGUCACUAUAGUCCUGAACGUCCGCAGUGGAUGGAUGGAGGGUAUAAGCAAAAGCAAAGGGCGAAAUUUGUCAAAGCCCAGGUCAUCCAGGGUGCUACGUCUCGCCGUGCAAAGGGCUUCGCUGUCCAGGUUCAAUCUCUUCAACAGGAAUACGGCUCGUCAGCAAUUGAGCUACAUGAGGCCUCUUCGGAGGAUACUUCCCCCUCCUCUGGAGAACCCGGUACGUGGGUGUCCAGCGCCGAUACCGCCACAUUUGUUAGAGCAGGUCACCCAACCAACCAAAAGGAAACUGAUGAUUUCCUGACAAGCCUUUACCUCGACACCGUAUUUCCUCAUCUCUUCCCUCUAUAUCACCCACAGACUUUCGCUGGUGGUCGCACCUGGUUACUCAAAGCUAUCCUAGAACAGCCCGCAAUCUAUCAUCCUGUCAUCAGUAUCAGUGCAUACUACUUCACCCUCCUCCUAGCGCGAGAUGCAAGACAGACUCUGCGCACUCCCUGCGAGCAACAAGUCUGGGAUACUCUGGCGUUGCAUAUGAACUGCUCCCUCAAAAUCAUCCAGGGCGAAAUGGCUGCAUUUAAUAAAAAGCCAUGCGGUAAGGAAGACCCUCUCAAACAGGCUCGAUUACUAGGAGCCAUUAUUCAGCAGCUUAUCUUCGACACGGCCAUGGCGCAGGGCGCUGAUUGGAACUUACACCUCACAGCAGCCUUGGGCCUGUUCCGUGAUAUUAUCGAAACACGCCGUCAAGCAGAUGGGACGUUUAACCUUGACGCAUUUCUACAAACCGUGGCACCCAGGAGUUCAAUUUUUGAUGGCCUGAACCUACAUAUGAGACCCUGGUCCGAUGAUCAAAAUGCCUUUCGGUUUUUCUCGGCCUUUUUGAUAUACGCAGACGUGAUAUCAGGUGUCAUGAGUGGAACACCGCCGAAACUGCAACCAUACCAUGGAAUGCUGAUAGCUGACGAACCUGCAAGUGACGGCUGUGAAGUACCGACUUUGGAGACAGAGGAGUUCAUCGGAUGUCCGGGCUGGGUUCUGGCAGUUCUGGGCCAGAUCUCGUCGAUAGACGCGUCACAAAAAGCUAGCAGAGGCAAUGCCUUCCACGGAAGAGCAGACGGAGACCGAGGGAUACUGGCAGAAAUUAAGACGAAGCUCCAAACUGGCCUAAGGGAUACUCAAGUCGACUCACAGAGAGACUUGGCGGCCGAUCAGGUUGCAGAGGCAUGGAUACACGGAGCAACACUCUACCUUCUUAUGGUCGAACAAAGACGUCGACCUUCGCAGACUGAAACGAAAGAUCACGUGCAGUUCAUUGCAAGAUUGAUUGGAUCACCUGCAUGCCAGGUCUCCCUGCGCAGCAUAAUGUGGCCAUUCUUCAUAGCUGGAGUCCUGGCAGAGAAAGAGGACGAGAUCAUCUUUAUCGAGGCUGUCUCCAAGUUGGGCCCGCUUAAAGCAUUUGGAUCUGCGAAAGAAGCUCUAAGUCUCUUGGAGCGGGCUUGGCUUGCGCGCGAUGAGACUCCACGGCAUGAUUGGCGGCUUUCGGAUUGUUUUGGCGGCGAACACAGGUACGGGUUACUUAUUUAG